GUUAAAGAUUAUACUGAAUUGAUGUAGAAGUUGUUUGAUUUUGAUUUGUUAAGAACUUUAUUCUAAAAUAAAGGUAAAAUUAAUUAAAUAUUAAAUAAUAAGAUUUUUCAUUUCGAUUAGAUGGAAUGCAUGGUGUUGCAGGACCUUAUGCUAAACAUAUUUUAGGCACUUUAUUAGGAUGUUCAAAAGAAUCUUUAUUAAAUUGUGAUCCAUCUGAAGAUUUUGGUGGUGGUCAUCCAGAUCCAAAUUUAACUUAUGCUCAUGAUUUAGUUGAAUUAUUAGAUAUUCAUAAAAAGAAAGAUGUAAAUACAGUUCCAUAAUUUGGUGCUGCAUGUGAUGGUGAUGCAGAUAGAAAUAUGAUAUUAGGUAGAUAAUUCUUUGUAACACCAUCUGAUUCAUUAGCAAUAUUAGCAGCUAAUGCUAAUUUAAUAUUUAAAAAUGGUUUAUUAGGUGCAGCUAGAUCUAUGCCAACUUCAGGAGCUUUAGAUAAGGUUGCAUUAAAAAAUGGAAUUAAAUUAUUUGAAACACCUACAGGAUGGAAAUUCUUUGGAAAUUUGAUGGAUGCAGGAUUAAUUAAUUUAUGUGGAGAAGAAAGUUUCGGAACAGGAUCUAAUCAUAUCAGAGAAAAAGAUGGAAUUUGGGCUGUUUUAGCAUGGUUAACUAUUUUAGCACAUAAAAAUAAAGAUGCUGAUCAUUUUGUUACAGUUGAAGAAAUUGUCACAUAACAUUGGUAAUAAUUUGGUAGAAAUUAUUACUCAAGAUAUGAUUAUGAAUAAGUUGAUUCUGCUGGUGCAAAUAAAAUGAUGGAACAUUUAAAAACUAAAUUCUAAUAUUUUGAAGUAUUUAUUAUUUAAUAAUUAAAUAGUAAUUAAAAGAAGGAAAUAAAGCAGAUAUAUAUGAUUAUACUGAUCCUGUUGAUUAAUCUGUUUCCAAAAAUUAAGGAGUAAGAUUUGUUUUUGGAGAUGGAUCUAGAAUUAUAUUUAGGUUAAGUGGAACAGGAUCUGUAGGUGCUACUAUUAGAAUUUAUUUUGAAUAAUUUGAAUAAGUAGAUAUCAAACAUGAAACUGCCACAGCUUUAGCCAAUAUUAUUAAACUUGGUUUAGAAUUAAGUGAUAUUUCUAACUUCACAGGAAGAAAUGAACCAACUGUCAUAACUUGAUCAAUCAAUCAUAUUAAUAAAUAAAUAUUCAAAAUAUAUAAUUGUG